CCCAUCUACAAAUAAAGGCGAGACGGCGAGAGGAGAUCUUAUCCAGAUCUACCCUCCUCCACCACCAUAAGUCCAUAACCGGCCCCCAAGCAAUCAACAAAGUACUCCGCCAUCAGAUCAAUCAUGGACUUUGCGACGGCCCUGCUUCCCAAGCUCGCAGAGCUGCUGAAGGAUGAGUACAACCUGCACACAGGCGCAAGGAAGGGCAUCGAGUUCCUGCAAAAGGAGCUAGAGACCAUGCACGCUGCCCUCGAGAAAAUCGGCGAGGUACCAAGGGAGCAGCUUGACAAGCUGCAAAGGAUCUGGGCUCGGGAUGUCCGGGACCUCUCCUACGACAUGGAGGACACCGUGGACACAUUCAUGGUGGACGUCGAGGGUCCUGAACGCCCCAGCAAAAGGGGAGCCAAAAAGGUCAUCAGGAAGAUGAUGAGAAAGGUCACCAAGGCAAUGGCUCGCCGUGAGGUCGCUCAAGAGAUCAACGGUAUCAAGGAGCGUGUCAUGGAGCUAGCCAAUCGACGUGACAGGUACAAGGUUGAUGAUAUUGCUCCUACCAAGAAAACCCAUAUUGACCCUCGCCUAGAAGCACUGUACACCAAGGUCACUGAACUUGUCGGCAUUGGUGAGGCAAAGGGAGAAGUAAUCACAAGAUUGGCAAACGGAGACCAACAGGAAACGAAAGUAGUCUCUAUUGCUGGAUUUGGAGGACUCGGCAAGACCACACUUGCCAGAGCAGUGCAUGAUGAGAUCAAGAAAGACUUUGAUUGCACAGCUUUUGUUUCAGUGUCCCGUAAUCCUGACAUGGAGAAACUUCUCAAGGACAUUCUGUAUGGCCUUGACAAGGAAAAGUUCGAGGACAUUCAUAGCAAAAUGUUGGAUGAGAGGAUUCUCAUAGAUAAAGCUAUCGAAUUUCUCAAGAACAAGAGAAAUGAUAUGCACAUCUGCAAGCAAAACCCAAACUGCCAGUGGCAUUUUGAAAUAGCCCCCGCAUCUUCAUAUCCUCUUGGCUAGCAUGAUUUCACUAAUAUUGCAAAUUAUUAUCACUUAAAUAUUCAAAGAGCUAUAUAAGUUCUCCUCACUUAAAUUACUAGUAUAACAUGCUCUUGUAUCCUUAUCCAUUGCCAUAAAACAGGUACCUCAUUGUUAUUGAUGAUAUAUGGGAUGAAGAACCAUGGGAUAAGGUAAUACGACAUGCCCUAAUUGAGAAUAACAUGAGAAGUAGAAUAAUCACAACCACCCGCAUUAUUGAUGUUGCCGAGCAUAUUGGCGGUUGCUAUAGGCUCAAACCACUUUCUAAAGAGAGCUCUGAAAUGCUAUUCUAUGGAAGGAUAUUUGGCUCAAAAGAUAUAUUUCCUAUGCAAUUUUCAGAAGUAUCUAAAAAGAUUCUGAAGAAAUGUGGAGGUAUCCCAUUAGCCAUCAUUACCGCAUCUGGUUUGCUUGCUAAUAAAUCAGAGAACAUUAAAGAGUGGUUUAAAGUGUGUGACUCAAUUGGUUCUGGCCUUGGAAGCAAUCAUGUUAUGGAUAGUAUGAGAAAGAUACUGCUGCUUAGCUAUUAUGACCUACCUUUUCAUUUGAAGACCUGUUUACUAUAUCUAAGCAUAUUUCCAGAAGACUAUGCAAUUAGUAAGACUCAACUGAUAUGGAGGUGGGUAGCUGAAGGUUUUGUCCAACAAGCAGGGGACCAAAGUUUGUUUGAGAUCGGAAAGAGUUACUUCAAUGAGCUUCUAAAUAGAAGCUUGAUCCAGCCUGCAUACAUGGAUAGGGACGGUACACCUCGUGCUUGCCGAGUGCAUGAUGCGGUGCUCGAUCUUGUUAUCUCCUUGUCAAUAAAAGAACAAUUCAUCACAAUAUUGGGUGAUGGAAAGCAUUCUUUGGAAAGCAAGUAUCAGGUUCGUUGGUUAUCUCUUCUGCAUAAUAAUAACACUGCUUGGCCUAGCAUGAAGAUGCCAAAAUUGAGGUCCCUUACCAUCUUCAAACCUACUGGUGUAGUAAUCGAUCCGAUGACACCCUCCAUUUCAUGCUACCAUCUUUUGCGUGUAUUGGAUCUACAAGGUUGCAACGUCGAGGACCUUGCAAGCCUGGGGUUUGUGGGGAGCUUAACUCAUCUACGGUAUCUUGGUCUACCAAGUAGUAGUACUAAUGCUAAACUGCCAGUAGAGAUGGGGAAGCUGCGGUUUCUGCAGACACUGGAUUUAUCUAAAGCUGGAGUAAAAGAAAUGCCAUCGAGUGUUAUUACAGGUCUAGGGGGACAAUUGAUGUGCCUACGUGGUCAGAAUGGUUUGGGCACAGACCUGUCAUCAGAUUUGCUGGAGAACCUAACCUCCCUUGAAUUGCUAGAGUCGGCAACAGUGACAUCCAAAUGCACUGCUGAGAAGCUGGGCCGUAUGACCCAACUGAGGGUACUCUCUGUCAUAAUCAGAUUAUCUACACCGGACGAUGAGGAAUGGAGUGCGUGCACAAAUGCUCUGGUUGAAUCCCUGGGCAAACUAACCAGAAUUGAAUCGCUACAGAUUCAUCACCACAGAUUUUAUCCAAUCGACCUUGAGGGCUCCAUGGCAGAGCCACUGGAAAACCUAUGCCGACUUGUCUGCAUCGAUCUGGCCACGCUUCUGCCAGGAUGGAUUCAACCCGCAUCGCUUCCCAUUCUCUCCUACCUGGAGAUAGAUGUGCGGGACGAGCGAAGGGAGGACAUCAAGGUUCUUGGCACGCUGUCGUGCCUUCGUCAUCUCGUGUUCAGAGUGAGGCUUGCCCCCGAGCUGCAGGUGCUGGAAAGGUGUGUGGUUGGGCCUGAUGCUUUCCCUUGUUUGGUAAGCUGUGAGUUUCAUGUAAGGGGAGGAGGCGUGGUUCCAGGUAUUUUCCCACGGGGUGCUAUGCCAAGGCUCCAAAACUUUAAGUUCAGUGUCAAACCGGAGCAUUUCUGGAGUGGUGGUGGAUCUACAGUUGACGUCCUGGUUCUAGGCCAUCUCCCGUCACUUCGGAGUGUCACUGUUACUCUUGGCUUUCUUCACAAUCGUGAAGACGAUACGAUCAAGAGUGUGAGAGAGAAGCUUGAGCACGAGGCGGCUGCCCACCCUAACCAUCCUCUUCGCAUUCUUUUCACCAGCUAGCUAGCUAGUGUGGCUAAUGCAGGUGGGGCCUGAUGCUUUCCCAUGUAGUCGGACGACAAGGCUUGUUCCCACGUACUAUGUUCCUACCAGGCGCAAUGCCCAGGCUCCAAGACUUGAGGUUCGAUAUCAAACUGGAGCUGGAAUGUAGCAUCGACGAGCUGGCUGGCCCUAGCUCACCUCCCGUCCCUACAGAGCAUCACUGUUGGGAUAACAGUCAUCACUUCGAUAUUCAGAUUGCGCAUCAGUUCAGUGUCUAGAACUACCAAAGUUCAUUGAACUGACAAAAGUUUAAUCCGUUACCAAAUUACUUGUCUCAAGAUUAUGUGGAUAUAUAUUUGUGCACUACUGGAAUCCCCCGGUUUCUCUAGAGCUUGAAAUCCUAGGGAAAGACAUAAAAACAGUUGAUUUCCCUAGAGACAUCUUGUAGGGAAUGAUUCCUAGGGAGAAGUUUGACGGAAAAGGAGAAUGUGCCCUAGAA